AUGGAUUCUGUCAAGGGAUGUCGCAUGCGGGACAUAGAUGGUAAUGAGUACAUUGACUAUGUUGGUUCAUGGGGUCCAGCAAUAAUCGGUCAUGCAGAUGAUGAGGUACUAGCAGCCUUGGCUGAGACAAUGAAGAAGGGAACUAGCUUUGGUGCUCCAUGUCUUUUAGAAAAUGUCUUGGCAGAGAUGGUCAUUUCAGCUGUUCCAAGUAUCGAGAUGGUUCGGUUUGUCAACUCUGGCACAGAAGCAUGCAUGGGUGUGCUCCAGUUAGCCCAUGCCUUCACUGGCUGA